AUGGCUGUUGUGCAGGCCAAUAAUUUACUCGAGGAUCAAAGUCAAAUUGAGUCAGGCCCGUUGAGCACUCUUGAGUCUGGUCCUUAUGGCACCUUUGUGGGAGUAUACGAUGGUCAUGGUGGGCCUGAGACAUCUCGUUAUGUCAAUGAUCAUCUCUUCCAGCAUCUGAAGAGAUUCACCUCUGAGCAACAAUCCAUGUCUGUUGAUGUGAUUCGGAAAGCAUAUCAAGCAACUGAAGAGGGAUUUCUUUCUCUUGUCACCAAGCAGUGGCCUAUGAAGCCUCAGAUUGCAGCUGUUGGAUCUUGCUGCCUGGUGGGCGUGAUCUGUGGUGGUAUCCUCUACAUUGCCAACCUUGGUGAUUCCCGAGCUGUCCUUGGGAGGCUUGUAAAGGCAACUGGCGAGGUUCUUGCCAUCCAGCUGUCUUCAGAACAUAAUGUGGCAAUUGAGUCUGUCAGACAGGAGAUGCAUUCUUUGCAUCCUGAUGACUCGCAAAUUGUUGUUUUAAAGCAUAAUGUAUGGCGUGUGAAGGGCCUGAUACAGAUUUCUAGAUCUAUCGGUGAUGUGUAUUUAAAGAAGGCUGAAUUCAACAGAGAGCCAUUGUAUACAAAGUUCCGCCUUCGUGAACCUUUUAAGAGGCCAAUUUUAAGCUCUGACCCUUCAAUUUCUGUGCAUGAACUCCAACCUCAUGAUCAGUUUCUCAUAUUUGCAUCUGAUGGACUGUGGGAGCACCUUAGCAAUCAAGAAGCAGUUGAUAUAGUUCAAAAUCAUCCCCGCAAUGGAAUUGCUCGAAGGCUUAUAAAAGCUGCAUUGCAAGAAGCUGCUAAGAAAAGAGAAAUGAGAUACUCAGACCUGAAGAAAAUUGACCGUGGUGUCCGUAGGCAUUUCCAUGAUGACAUCACAGUAGCAGUUGUGUUUCUUGACGCGAAUCUUGUGAGCAGAGCAAGCACAGUCAAAGGGCCUUCUGUGUCUGUCAGAGGGGGUGGGGUUCAUCUGCCUGCAAAAACUCUAGCUCCCUGUGCCACUCCAAUGGAACUUAAUAGCACCUAA